AUGGAUAGUGCGAGUGCAGAUGCGAGCGUGACUGGCAGCGGCAAUGCCAAGGGUAGUUCUGCAGAGCGUGUCAAUGGUGGAGGAAAGUUUUAUAAGUUAGAGAUACUUGUGUCUGACCCGCAGAAGCGGGCUGGGGAGGCCGGGUUGGGGCCAUAUGUGAGUUAUCAGAUCUCAACGAGGACAGAUAACCCCUCAUACCAUGGAAAUCAGAAGGCUAGCUUUGACGAUAUUAUAGUAGUUCAUCGGAGGUAUAACGACGUUGUGUUGUUACAUGACAUUUUGCAGAACGACCAUCCGACAUGCAUAAUACCUCCCUUGCCGGACAAGAAGGUGCUGCAGUACAUUGCUGGUGACAGGUUCGGACGUCGUUUCACCCAGCGGAGGUGUCAUAGUUUACAGAACUUCUUGAGGCGUGUGUCCCAGCAUCCUAUCCUAUCGACCAGCAAGGUUUUGGAAAUAUUCUUGGUGGGUAAUGAGUGGGAUACGUACCGCAAGAACAUCGCAGGUACCCUGCAGAACGCGCAAAAGGAGGAUGUUACGGAUGCUGUAAUGAAUGCCUUUAAAAAAGUGCACAAUCAGAAUGAGGAGUUUACCGAGAUCAGAGACAGGAGUGAUAAAUUGGAUAAUAGUGUGAAUAGAAUAAACAAGGUGUUUCAUAGAGUUGUGAAGAAAAACGAAGCAAUCAUAGAGGAUUACUCGAAGCUUGGAUUGACUCUGCAAGAACUACAGGAAUUGGUGUCGUCCGAUAACGAUAAGCUUGCUGACAGCUUGAAAGUUUUUAUCGAGGGAGUUACUCAGUUUUCUUACGGUUUGCAGGAUCUGAAUAUGUUUAUUGACUACGAGUACCUAAUCGACUUGAAAGAUUUGAGCCAUUACAUUGGGAGUAUGAAGCAAACUAUGAGAUUAAAGGAUCAGAAACAGAUAGAUUACGAAGAGCUAAGUGACUAUCUCACGAAAUCGAUAAAGGAGAAAAAUAACCUGAUAUCCGGGUAUGGUGGCGGUAACUUUUUGACAAGCAAAUUGGAAGAACUCGCAGGUUAUAAUCAGGAGGCCAGCCGAAGAGAUAAGAUUAACAAGUUGGAAUCUACUAUCUCAUCGUUGACCACAGAACUAGAAACUGCUAAGAAAGUUGCGGACACAUUUGAGCAAGAAACUCUUAAAGAAGUUAAAAAGUUCGAAGAGAUCAAAAAUGAUGAGCUGAAGAUAUCUUUGAAUAAUCUUGCAGAUGAAAAUAUAAAAUUUUAUGAGAGGAUGUUAGAGACCUGGGAGAAGGUUGAUCAGAGUCUAAGGUAG